AUGGACGCUGACAUUGCAGGCCAACCCAAGCCGCCAUCAUGGAAUCCGGCCGCUCUGCUUCAACCGAAUCGCAACCUAGCAGCGUCCUCACAGCGAGGCACUCCAUCGGACUUGCCUACAGCACAGGCAGGCGGCGCAUGGUUCACACAGCAAGCCAAUGCCAACGGCUCCCAGCAUUUCCAAUUCGAAAACCCUAACGAGACAACAUCCGGAGCCUCGACGCCUUCAUACAGCUCUGAGUCUGCUCACCCAAGCGCAUUUACAGGUCCUGGCAACUGGAUCGAGAAGGUACACAAUGUUCAGGAUCGCACAGAGGUCUCUGAAUCCAAACGUCGCAAGGUUGAUUCGGAAGAUUCGCCAGGUCGAAGCAAAAUCGCCAUGCGAAACGCCAGUGGCAGUGGCGCACUAGGUCAAGCUCUCAAGGACGCAGACGCGGAUUCGAACGCCGGGGCCCUUCCACAGACAGCCACUGUUGAUUUGACAGACGGGAAUGAUGAAGAUGUUAUCACCAUCGGCGAUCCUGGCGACGAUGAAGUCUGUUACGGCUUGCUCAAGUGUACGCUCAACUGUACGGUGGCACCAUCGUCCAAGUUUGGUGCACAGAGCACAUGGGGGCCGAACUACCAGCCAGUCAUCAAAGUCGUUUUGAAGCGAGUCAUGGCUGACAAGACAACUCGUAUCCAAGUCUACGACUACACGCGGGUGACUAUUGGCCAUGUGGACCCAAAAAGCGCCUCUGCUCUCUCCCCUUUGCUCGAUGCGAACAUCUACCUGCGGACCGAAUGUCGCCUUCCACCGCAGCCCAAGGCACCAGGAUCAGAGCCAGGGAAACCUGUGUCUCAUGCAUUCAAGUUGGAUGUCACUCUCUACGGCAAGAUCAAGUAUGCGAAAAGUGUUGGUAAUUGGCUUGAGAAACAGGAGCAGCGCCUGAACGCACCUACCAUGGUACAGAAAGGCAUACGUGUGUACAAUCCGCACGUUCUGUUCCCUAAAAGGGGUCCACUCCCUGUGCAGAAUAGAAGCCUUGGCUCAGCACAGGGCACAUCGUCUUACGGUGCUGCCACCGUCCGUACGGUUGAGGAAGUCAAGGCAGAUGUUAUGGGUGUUUUUGAUCGCAUGACAAAAAGCGAGGAUCUCCCAUUGGCGGAACCUGGUGAUUGCAUCGUUACACCCUUGCUCACGCAUCAGAAGCAGGGUCUCUGGUUUAUGCAGGCUCGCGAGGAACCUUACUAUUCAUCGCCUGUGCGAGCAGUACAGGGCGACCACCGGGAUCACGACAAGUGGAUGAAAGACCGCGAGAACAUGAUCCCCUCCCUGUGGAAGAAGGACCAUACGGCAUCCGGCGAAACGAGGUACUUCAACAUCAUUACCCAAACAGAACAACGCCAACCUCCGCCCGAGACUUUGGGCGGCAUUCUCGCCGAUGUAAUGGGCUUGGGCAAAACCCUCAGCAUACUCUCACUUAUCUCCAGUUCUUUUCCUGCAGCAGAACAAUGGGCUGCGACACCCGUUGCUCAACCGGCACCAGCGGACAGCAAAGCCAACAAACAGGAUGCUGUCACGCCGAAGCCAUCCCUCGACUUGGUAAAGCUGACGGUGAACGCGAAGACCACCCUAUUGAUCUGCCCUUUGAGCACCAUCACCAAUUGGGAGGAGCAGAUCAAGCAGCACACGAAGGAAAAUAGCAUUUCCUACUAUAUCUAUCACGGCGCGAACCGCAUUCGGGAUGUGAAGAAGCUUGUUCAGUAUGAUAUUAUUCUUACAACGUACGGGUCCGUUGCUAGCGAGCUCCGUCAGCGCCACCAAGGUCGUGGUGGAUCGUACCCUUUGGAACAUAUUGGAUGGUUCAGAAUCGUGCUUGACGAAGCGCACAUGAUUCGGGAGAAGAACACCUUGAACUUCAAGUCAGCUGUCCGUCUCCAUGCCCAAAGGCGAUGGGCAGUAACAGGCACGCCUGUGCAGAAUCGCCUCGACGACCUUGGCUCUUUACUGGCUUUUGUUCGCUUGCAUCCAUUCGAACAUCGCUUGAAGUUCAACCGUUACAUUCUCGAACCGUUCAAGGCUGCUGACAAGGAGGUCGUCCCUCGGCUGCGCGCACUGGUCGAUACCGUCACCAUCCGUCGCUUGAAGGACAAGGUCCCGCUCCCUCCUCGUACUGAUUUGAUUGUCAGGCUUGACUUUUCUCCCGAUGAGAAGAAGCUGCACGACACGUUCAAGAGCUAUGCCAAAAAGCGUGUCGAUGCUUUGACGAGCGAGGCGGGUGCUGCCGGAGGGGCCAAACUCCCCCAGAAUACUUAUAUUCACGUUCUCAAGUCCAUCCUCAUGAUGCGACUUGUCUGCGCGCAUGGCAAAGAUCUUCUGAACGAAUCUGACUUCCGCCGCGUUCAAGGUGUCUCUGCUGACACGGCCAUUAAUCUGGAUGACGAGCCCGACAUUGAUGCCGCGACGCUACAGCUGAAGCAACAGCAUGACAAUUUCGCACUGCUGCAGCAAUCGAAUGGCGAUAAUUGCAUGGUUUGCCAGAAAAAGAUAGGCGCCAGCGACGAAGACGAAGUGGACGAUGAUGGGCUUGACGACAUUAUGGGAUACAUGACAACCUGCCUCCACGUCAUUUGCGCAAACUGCGCCGGAGACUACGUUCCGCGCUUCAAGGCUCACGUCCAGCGUAGCCGCGGAUCGUGUCUCACUUGCUAUGCGCCCACAUCGCCUGAGCUUGUACCGCUCCCUCGAUCACUCGUCGAGGCUGAGCACACGGGCGACGCCAGCUCGGAUGAGAAGCAAGAGGUUGAGGCGUUCAAAAACUACAUGGGUCCUCACACAAAAACCAGAGCUCUCGUGGAGGAUCUUUUGAAGUCCAAGGCGCACAGCGAAGCCCAUCCUGAAGAGGCACCGCUCAAGUCCGUGGUCUUCUCCGGCUGGACACGCCAUCUUGAUCUGAUUGAGAUGGCCCUCAAGCCUGCUGGCAUCAAAUUCGUCAGGCUGGACGGCCGCAUGACACGCCCUGCUCGCAGCGCGGCCAUCAAGCAGUUUCGCGAAGACGACUCGGUUCAUGUCAUCAUCAUUUCGAUCAGUGCCGGAGGCUUGGGACUGAACUUGGUGACGGGCAACACCGCCUACGUAAUGGAACCGCAGUUCAAUCCUGCCGCUGAAGCACAGGCUAUCGACCGUGUCCAUCGUCUGGGUCAGAAGCGCCCCGUCCGCACUGUCAAGUACAUUAUGAACCACAGUUUUGAGGAAGACAUGCUGGCUUUGCAGGACAAGAAGAAGCAGCUCGCGAGCCUUGCUGUCGACCGAAAGGACAAGUCCGAGGCCCAGAAGACGAGACUCGAAGACCUCAAGAUUCUUUUCAAGUAA